AUGAACCUUUCUGCCGCCGUGCUGGGGCUGAGCAUGCUCUUCCUCCUAGACUCCUGGCUCUCAUCUUUCUCCAACUACGGUCUGUGCAUCGCCACCGCUGCAACGCUGCACUACUUCCUGCUGGCUUCUUUCACCUGGAUGGGCCUUGAGGCCGUGCAUAUGUACUUUGCGCUCGUCAAGGUCUUCAACAUCUAUGUUCCCUGCUACAUCCUCAAGUUCUGUGCUGUAGGAUGGGGUGUUCCUCUGGUCAUAGUCAGCCUGGUGCUGGCCAUAGAUAAAGAUGCAUAUGGUAACAUUGUGCCUGAAGGGACUGCAGUGGUGCUUCAGUCCACUGACCCAUUCUGCUGGCUGCAGAAUGACGCCUUCCUCUAUGUGACGGUGAUAGCGUUCAUUCUCCUGAUCCUGUUGUGCAACCUCUUAGUGUUCAUCAUGGUUCUGAUCCAGAUCAGACAGAUGAGGGCCAAUAAGCCGUCUGCAGACAGCUGCAUGUCUCUGCGUGACCUGAGGACGGUGGCCAGUCUCACCGUCCUACUAGGCCUGACAUGGGCAAUGGGCUUCUUUUCAUUUGAGGCGAACAGGGUGGUCCUGAUGUACCUGUUCUGCAUCUUCAACAGUUUGCAGGGGUUCUUUGUUUUUUUGUUCCACUGUUUGAUGAAGGAAAAUGUGAGGAGACAAUGGAGAGUCCACUUGUGCUGUGGACGUUUCAGACUCAGCGAUUACUCAGACGGGAGCCGCACUGUGACAGUGGGUGGUCCCCGCAAACCGAACAAUCUUGUUAACUCUGACUCUGACGCUUCUAACAGCACCUCCACCAUCAGGAGGGUCUCGGAUUCCUCUGCUGGAUCAGCACCAAACCACCACCAGGGGGCAUGAGCAUGCCUCCAGAUGUGGAUCUGUAGAGCUCUCGCUCUCAAGGUCCUCCAUUCAGUCACAAACACUGAUAGCAGAAAACAGCUCCAUGUCUUUCAUGGGCAGUAAAAUAGCAAAUAAACCACUUUUUCAGGGAGAUACAGUGCACCUUCAAUUGAAAUCAGCCAUAAAAAGUAAAUACAGCGCUGACAGGCAAUUCACAGCACAGUAAAGAAAUGUAUUCUGAAUUUUUUUUUG